GCUCGGUGUGCGGCGGUGCUUAGCGCUUAGUAGUCCGCGAUACGCGGUACCCAGUAGACGUUCGUCUUUUUCCGUCCGUUGGAGAUCGCGUAAAAAUUCUGUGCGCAAGUGACAAUUGUGUUGGUGACGGUUUCGGUUAGAUUUUUAAUUUUUUUUUUUCUGCCGUAACUAUAAGUUCGGUUCGCGAGACGACGACGCGCCGGCGGCGGGCCGUUUUCGUCUGCGUUUUUGACGGUCGUCGCCGUUAUUGUGAUAAUGUGCCGGGAGACGACGACGACGACCGCCGCGGUGAAGCACCAGCUACGGACGAGUUCGGCCGGCCGAGCGCGAUGAAGUCGAUCUCGUGGAUCGCGGCCUCGGCCGUCAUCGUACUGGUCGCCCUGUGCACCCCUCAGUCGGGACUCUGUGAUCUGACCGGAAGUCCUCCGAUCAUAGGGGUGGACCGGAAUUGGGUGGUCGACUCCACGGCACCCAUCGGCACGGUGGUGGCUCGGGUUCGCGUGUCCGACGUCGGCAACGAGACGGACCUGGUGUACGGCCUGGAACACUCGACGGGCUUCAACAUUGUUCAAGAGAAUGAGGACCCGUUGCCGUUCACAAUCGACGAUAACGGAAGAGUCACCACGAACACAUCUCUUACUAACAAGGAAGGAAAAAACAUUUACCUGUACGUGACUGUCAACGAUGGUCACUUGACAUCCAAGACACAGGUAUGGGCAAAAGUGGAAGGGCCCGGAGGUGGUGGUAGCAGGAAUAAGCUAAGUGGCGGAGGACUUCCAACAAACUUCAUAUCAUCACCGUUUCGACCACCGCCCCCGCCGUCUAUCCCAAUCAAUGGAGGUUUUCAGGGCGUUGUUCUUACACCCCCUAACAAACUUCCACCCCCUGGACCGUUCAGAACGACACCACCCAGGCCACAGAACAAAGUUCCUACGGUGAAGCCGCCGACGACGUCUACAGCCAUUGCCACGCCAAAGACAGUUGUCGUUGAUACACCCGUCGCCGAGGCUUCCACAUCACCGACGGCAGCUGGUAGCACAGUCGCUUCGACCGUGGUAACCGGUGCAGAUGUGAACUUGAUAAUCAAUUCCAUUACCACAGAGUCUGGAUCCAGCACCAACACUACCGUUGCCGCUACUACCACCCGGCCCGGCGAGACCAGAAACGUGACAGAAACAGCGCUCACCCCUCCUACAGUGACUACCCAACAACCAGUUCAGAAUAACUUAAUGUUGGCCCUGGUACCCAUAGUAAUCGCCACCGUCUUCCUGACCACAGCCGGCAUACUUGCUUGUUUAUUCCGAAAAAGGCUGUUUUCCUCUAAAGUCAAGUCUAAAAAAGUCAAUUCAAUUCAGGGAAAAAAGAAGAGCUUUAGAUCGGAUGAUCCGAUGGUCAUGCACCACUGGAGCGGACCACGGGCUUUCACCAGGUAUGAGAGCUGGGGCUCGGAUCCAUCGACCCAUGGUCAGUACACCGGGGGAAAGGAAUCAGCAAUCAAAGAAGUCGACCCGUGGGAGAUACCCAGACACCACGUGCGAGUGUGUUCAAUACUGGGCGAGGGAAGUUUUGGGCAAGUCUGGAAGUGCGAGGCGUACAACGUCAUGGGGUUCAAGGGCAACAUGGUGGUCGCGGUAAAGACGCUCAAGGACAACGCGGGCGAACGAGAACGACUCGACCUGGUACAGGAACUGCAGGUGAUGAAAUCGCUGGAGCCACAUCCGCACGUUGUAAAACUCUUAGGGUGUUGUUCAGAGAGAGACCCCUUGUUCGUCGUCAUGGAGUACGCGAAAUUGGGCAAACUCCAAAGCGUAUUGCGGAACUCUCGAGGCAUAAACUACUACACGAAUACACACGGGCCGAGUUCGUUGACGUCGCACGAACUCAUUAUGUUCUGCUAUCAGAUCGCCAAAGGAAUGGACUUCUUGUCGUCUAAAGGGAUCAUACACAGGGACUUGGCGGCCCGGAACAUACUGGUGACAGAGGACCGGGCGUGCAAGAUCUCCGAUUUCGGGUUCGCUCGGGACGUUGCCAGCAGCCGGGUGUACGAGCGCAAGUCCGAGGGCCGGCUUCCCAUCCGGUGGAUGGCGCCCGAGUCGCUGUUCGACAACCUGUACUCGGCCAAGUCGGACGUCUGGUCGUUCGGCGUGCUAAUGUGGGAGAUUGUGACGCUCGGCUCGACGCCGUACCCGGGAGUGGCCGCGGCGGACGUCAUGAAGCGCAUCCGGGACGGUUACCGGCUGGACAAACCGCAACAUUGCCGGCGCGAGGUGUACAACAUCAUGUUCUACUGCUGGGACAAGAGUCCGGACGACCGGCCCGACUUCGCCGAGCUUAUGGGACUGCUCGACAAGCUGCUGGUCGAUGAGACCGACUACAUACAGCUGGACCGGUUCCCGGACAACGCAUACUACAACAUCACCACGUGCAUAAGUGGCGAGCGCCUAUGACGGGUCUCCAACGCCGCCGCCGCCGCCGCCCGUUACGCCACUUCCGCCCGGAAGCCGAACCGGCAGCAACGAUGAUAUGAUUCCGUUCGACCGUGUCGUUUUCGUUAAUAAUUAUGUCGUUAAAUUACAUACAUUCUAUCACGUGUGUGUAUAAAUAUUUCGCGUGUCACAAGUCUAAGGAAAAAAAAAUAAUAAUACUAAAAAACUGCUUUUUCUAUAGGUAUACGACAUGUUAAAAAUAUUUAUUACGAUUUUUCAACAUCCGGCCCACCCGGUACAUAUUUAUAAUGCAACAAUAAAACUGCGUGAUAUGUCGCUUAAUAUACGCGAAUAUAUCAGUUGUAUAUUAUUAUUGUAUGUUUUUUUUCCAUUGUCUAUAAAAACUAUAUUAGCGCUUAUUGUAUAUACAUAUUGAAAAUUUAAAAACUUUUUCGACGUCGUUUGUUUAGUUUACGCGAUGUACCUUCAUAUAUUGCUCAUGUAAUAAUAAUUAUUAUACAAAAACGAUGUUUGGUUAGGUUGAAACGAAUACCUACUCGUAUAUUUAUCAUUAAAUACGAAUAGAGAUAUACAAUGAUUAUUUCGUUGUUUUUUUUUUUAAUAAAAGAGAAAAUCACUAGUCUUUUUUUUUUAAUUUUCGUGCUUUACUAUUGCGACUAUACGUAAUACCUUGUCCAUAUAUUUAUGUCAAGUUUUUAAACAGUAUUUAAUGUACAUAGUUUAAUGUAUUUAUGAAUGUUAUAUUGUUCUGUGCUAAUAGUGCGAAUGUGCGAUCAUAUAAAUGUUAUUAAUUAUUAUUGUAGUAUUAUACUGAUAUAGUACCAAAAAUAUAUUUAUACAUCAUAUUAUAUUCAUAAAUUAUAAUAUUAUAUAGUUGCAAAUACUCGAUUUUAUGUUUUUUUUUUUUUUUUUAUAAUUAUUAUAUUGUUAUUUUUAUUUUAUACCCGGUUAUUGAAUUUGAAUUUCCGACGACUGACAAUAGUAUACCGAUAAAAUUAGUGAAAUCAAAUCAACUAAAUUAAGUCAAGUGUUACUAUAUCUACAAGUCUUUAUACCAAUAAAAUUGUAUACAAACACUAA